AUGCCGGGAUCACUCAGCGAUGCCACUACCUUGGAUAUCGACAUCUUGGAUGACACGCCUGAGGUCCGUCAUGUUCGGCCGAGGCUCGCAGCGAGACCGUCGGCCGAGGGCGGGCUCGAUCGACCCGCGCCCCCUCGGGGGGGCAACAAGCCGAAGCAGUGUAAGUUCUGCUGGCGCCUCUCCACCAUCCUGAACCCCAUGGAGCACGAGCGCGAUGCUUUCCCUUGCAUCCGCUGGAGGCGCGAUCGCGGCCUCGAGUGCGCCAUUUGCCCCCAGGCGAUCAAGGCCCACCCGGUGUACUCGAGCAUCGACCCGAAGACCAUUGCCGAGGAUAACAAGGAGCUGUCGAAGCGGGACGUGUUCAACAAGGAGUGCGUCGCCCCCUUCGAGGCGAAAAAGAACAGCACUGGCGGCAAGCGCGACACCACCUCCCUGCACACUGCCAAGAAUGCUCGCAGCGUUGAGGCCACGAAUCAGCAGUUUUUGCACGCCCGCGUCAUGAUCGGCAUCUUGUGGCCCGCCAGCGUCUACCGCAAAAGGUUCAACAAGAAGCCCCCUCCCAAGUCUCUUUCCACGUGGACGGUCAAUGGUGCGCAAGUGACUGGGGUGGUGCUGCCCCCUUCGGACGGCUUCGAGCCGGGCUGCAUCGAGCUCACGAACAACCAGACCACUGGCCACUGCGUGACGUCGCGCGUUGCUUCCGACGAGGCGGACGGAGCGGACGCCGUAGAGGCGGCCAUCAGCACCGCGCAGAGGCGAUCGCAGGUCACCGUCAGUCAGAGGAAGGCCAAAGUCAAGGGGGGCGAGGACUUGACCUUCGUCGCCGCCGCGCUUCAGGACCGCACCUCGGCCGCGCAGGACUCCGAGGACGACGACGCCCUGUUCGACGACAUCUGGGGCGCGCGCCAGACGGCGGCCUCUGCCGCUGCCCAGGCCGACGACGACGACGCUGGCAGCUUCGACGAGGGCGGCGCCGAGUCCUCCAAGCCCACAGGGAGCAGGCGCAGGAGUGGGCGUGCGACGGCGCGCGCCAGCAGCACCCGCGGCGCUCGGCUGCCGCUGCAGGAGCCGGCGGCAGCGCCCAUCGCCUGCCCGGACCAGCGGAAGCUCAACCUCGCGAAGGAACUGAACUCGACAGAGCAGGUGCGAGCCCGCGUGACUCCGGAGCUCAAGGAGUUGUACGCGAGGGGCUACGACGGCAUGAACCAGACUCGCGGCAUGGGGCUUUGUGACUCAGCCGAGGAGGCGCUGAGCUGGCUUGAGCCCGUCUGCCGCGUUCUCGAGCAGCGCACCCCGGGCGCCGUUGCCUGCGCGGCGGAUGAGCUGGAGGCGGACGUCAGGGCGAUUGCUCUGCGACGGGCGGCCGAACAUGCGCGGCGGGCUGACUGGGGUGAGCUCAUUGACUCCCUGGCGAAGCUGGUCGACGCGCAUGGGCUGGCAGCCAGCGCCGCUGACUUGAAGAAGCGGGUCGUCCUGCAGACGAUCAGCGACAUCUGCAAGAUUGGGGCGCCGACGGCAGACUCACCCGCUCCGCCGACAGCGGAGGCCGCCUUGCUUGAGUUCGCCCAGGUCGCUACGGGGAACCCGAAGCUGGACCACCUGGAUGCUGCUCUUUCACAGGACAUCGCCCGCGUUGCCUUGCUCAGCACUCCGAUCACCGCCGGCGAGACCAGCGAAGACGUCGCGAAGAGCAUCCAGGAAGCCAAGAGUACUCUUGCAACUGUGAAGACGGGGCCCCUCCACAAGAGCCUGCAGCUGCCAACCGGCAUUGCCUUGUUCCUGUCGGUCACGAACCAGCUGUCCGCGCACCAGAAGGAGGCGUCCUUGUCCGCGGACUUGGGACGUGCAGCGGCGCUGCUUGAUGAUAUCAGGAAGCGCCCGGGUGUGAUCGCGCCCUGCGAUGGCGAGCUGAAAAUUAUCGACCACGAGAAGUACUCGGAGCUGCACGCCCUGACCGCCCACGCCAAGAUCGCCGGCAAUGAGCGGCUUCUUCGAGACCACGCUGUGACUAUCGCAGGGGCAGAGGUAGCGCAGAAGGAGCUCAUCGACCACCUCAAAAGUUGCCUGCGCGCGAAGGUGAAGAAAGUGUUCGACUCGACCAUUUUCCUGGGCUUCAUCGGAUUCCUCAAGAAACCCACCACCGCGAAGAUGCCCGACGUGUCGUCAGUCCGGACCUUGCUCGAUACGCUCGACGCCCGCAGUGACAUCGCCGUCUUGCCGUUGGACGCGGUGGCCCCGGCAGCACUCGUCGACCAGCUUCGGCGUUCAGCAGAAGACGUCAACGCGCUGCUGAAUUGCAUCAUGGCCGCGGCCCCCAAGCUCGUCAAGAUUGCCUCGCUGGGCGACGCUCCCGGCACCAAUAUCCUCUUCGAUCCAGAGGUGGUCAAUGUCUGGAACGCGUUCAGGUCCGGGCCCGCUUCACCUGGCCGCGUUUUCGGUCAGAGCGCUGGCACGCUGCAGGUUUGGAUUCGCGCGGCCGUGAGCAGGCAAGCCAAAAUCAUCAUGGCAUCCGAGGUGGAGUCCUGCGUCCCGUUCGCGCUUGCUCUGGGCGCUCUCUACGCUAGGAAGGACGAGCUCUACGGCGCCACGCAGACCCUCGUGGAGGAGUCGGGCGCCGUGGGUGCUGCUGCUGUGGAUGCUGGAGAAGCGCUGGCACCGCCACCGCCUGUUGAUCGUGAUGCUGGGGCGGCAGCGGGCGGGUUGACGGCCGACGCGAUUCAGGCCAUCCGCGCCCUGUACCACGAGUCGAAGGUGGGCGUCGCUCUCGACGAAGACACCCAGGCCACCUGCGUGAUCGAGGCUACCGAUUCCGCGAGCAAGAGUUUCGACCUGAUGGCGAGGUUCGACCUCUCCAAGGCCGACAUGGUGAUCGGCAACGGCGCUGGCUCCGUCGCGUGCCCCAUCGUGUGCAUUUCCCCAGCCCUGGUGCUGUUCGCCCAGCACGUUAACAAGCUGUCCGCUGUUUCCCUCGACAACGGCAAUGGUGCUGAGGCAGCCGAGGCUGCCGGUGCGCUGCUCGCGGGGGUGGCCUCGGCGGUGCCAGCGUGGUCCAAAGCUGCAAGCCAGGCGCUGACGAUGGGCGCUGAGCGCAAUCCUCUCCUCGACUUCGUGCAGCUCGGCGCGGGGGCGCUCGCGGAGCGAGCUCUCGGCGCUUCCAACGCCGCUAACAAGUACUUCGAGACCGUAUCCGAGGGGCUGUCCAAGCAGCUCGAGGACGGCGAGCACGGCAAGUCCGUCGAGAUUGCCGUGAACCAGGGUGACGACAUCGACGCUGUCAAGGACCAGCUCCUGCAGAUCGCCAACGAGAGCCAGACGGAGGCCCUCAAGGCGACGAUGGGCUCGGCCCAGAAAGUGCACAGGCGCAUGGUGGAUGCGCAGACCAUUCUUGCGGAGGCCAUCCGCGCGCACCCUGAGCUGAAGGGCUUCGAGGCCGCCUGCAACACGGAAGCGCUGCUGUCCGCUUCAGCCCAGCAGCUCCUGCAGCGCGGCGGCGAGGUGCUAGGCAAUCUCGCUGCCGUUCAGGCCAUCUAUCGCCCGCUUAGGGCGGGCGAGCUGCGCCAGGCCCUCUGCAGGCGCGUCCAUCGGGGCCUGGGCAAGUCGAUUUUCCUGAAGGCAGAUCCGCGGAUCGCCAUGCUGUUGGAUCGCAUGAGCAAGAGUAGCGGACUGUAG